AUGCCCCAAUACAUACCACCUCACCGUCGCUCUCAAGCAAUAGGCGCUAGCGCCUCCGGGGCUCCAGCAGACACUUCUCUAAACGCUCCACCACCCACAAGGCCCCACAGUAGUGAUCCACGAGACGGGCGAGGACACCGCGGCCCUCGCGAGCAAUAUCACGGAAGUCAUCGAGGCGGACCUCGUGGAGGUUAUGGUGGUCGAAAGAGGCUUGACCGUCCAAUUGUUGAUGAUGCGGACGCCAUUCAUGGCUAUGACAUUGCCCACUACUUCUGGCCGCAUGGCGACGAGCAGUUUGUGCCGGCUAUUAAGACCUCAACUUUCCAUGACUCUGCGGCGCAGCUGGAGCAGCUAAGCUACAUGAUGCUUUUCUGUAAUGCAAAUCCCAGGUGGGAUAGUGGGGGCAUUGUCUUUGCGAAGAGCUCUCUGAAUUUGCUACCAGAGUACUCAGAGCAAAAGCUCCAAAAUGGGUUGUGGGUUCUACCUGCUACAACUAGAAAGUCCAGUUUUCACGAGGCGCCGCUUCCAAAAAGAGAUGACACUGAAUCACAAAUCACGGAGGGAAACACUUCAGAAACUCCUCGACAGAAUGAUGAGCAACGAGCCAACACGAAUGAGUGCACUCGACCCGCUACGAUUACCACCAGUUUUCAGGAUAUACCACAGACGACCGAGCUUGUAGAACCUCCCGAGACUCACAGUACAGACGAUAGCGAACGAGAUACCAUUUUGAACGCAUCACUGACACGUUUGGGUGUUAGGACCAUCCCGGCCAGCGAUGUCUACAGUGAGAGUGCAACCACCAAGUACCCAAGCAUCAUGCCCAUCGACUACAUUCCUGGCACUCAUCCACCUAUCGCUGUGUUCGAAGAGUUGAAAAACACCAACAAACAUACCUUCAUCUUCUUGGGCUGGUACAGUAUCGGCCGUAUCAACAUCAUCGCUCCCCACUCUGCAGAACUUGUACGCAUGUUGCAGCAGAAAUGGGAACGUCGGGAUCGUUACGGCAAUGUCAUUUCAACAAAGCCGAGAGACGCAUCGGCUUGGAAAUCUUCGAUGACUCAUGAGUGGGCGAUUGUGAAGUUCGACAAGCUACCUGCAGACGUUGCCCCUCCAGCACCCAUUAUUCCGAAAAGAGAGAAUGAUUUGAGGAGAGGAAUCGCUGGGGCGCGCAAGGGCGUCACAGAGCUGCUGCAGGAGAUGCGUCUCAGUGAUGGAAACAUGGCUUCAAGCGUUGUGGGAGAAGUCAAAGAUAAGAGUGAUAUACAGCAACAAGGCGAUAAUACAUCCACUUGA